AUGUCUUUGUAUCCGUCUUUGGAAGAUAUGAAGGUGGAUAGCAUGGCGAGGGCUCAAAUGGCCCAGCACCAUGCAGCACCGCCUUUGUACAGCCUGCCACCAUCCGCCCCUGUGCCCAGCGCUCCUUCAGCUCAUGUUUACCCAGCGCUGGGAGACUAUAUGGGCCUCGAAUUGUCUAGUGAUGUUAUUGCUUUGAAUAUGCCUGAAUAUCAAGUCCAAACAGUUCAGCCACGCGGAACUGUGAGUAACCUGAUAGCACCUUUGUCAUCUCAAUCAACAACUUUAGCUAAGGCUACGGUUACCGGAGCUAUAAGACCAGUUGUAUUGUGUAAAGACAAAGAUGGAAAGUGUGGUUUGAGACUGCACUCAGUCAACAAUGGGAUAUUUGUGUGCUAUGUUGCUGCCAACAGUCCCGCUGCAAUGGCUGGGCUCAGAUUUGGAGACCAAAUAUUGGAGAUUAACAACAUAGCACUAGCUGGAAUGACAAUGGACCAAUGUCACGCAAUACUGAAGAAAUCUCCUGCUAAUGGAAUCUCUAUGGCUGUUCGUGAUAGGCCAUUUGAGAGGACAAUAACUCUUCACAAGGAUUCUCUUGGCCAUGUUGGUUUCCAGUUCAAAGAUGGCAGGAUAGUUGGGCUUGUGAAGGAUUCAUCUGCGGCCCGCAAUGGCUUGUUGACUGAUCACCAGUUACUGGAGAUCAACACUGUAAAUGUAGUGGGUAUGAAAGAUAAGGAAAUAUCUAGAGUGAUUGAAGCCAGCCCGUCAGUGGUAAACAUCACAAUCAUACCCUGCUACAUAUAUCAGCACAUGAUAAGCAAAAUGUCGUCGUCGUUAUUCAAGGAAUUGGAUCGCACUCCCGCUGUUUAA